UUGCAUCCUAACCAGGUGUCUCUCGAACCCUCUCUUCCCUGUUAAUACGAUGUAUAUAUAUACUUGUAUGAUCCUUCAACCAUCAACAAACCAAACAAGCUAAGAAUAUCGCAUCCAAUCUUCUCUUUCAUUGCUUUGCACUCGCACUCGCACUCACACUCACACUCUUUGAUCUCUCUCUCUCUCUCUCUCAAUAUGGCUUUCAGGACUCCGAAUUAUUUAAAAUCCAUGGUGAGUCGCCUGAGAGGAAGCUAUACGUUUACUACUUCAACUCCGCCCAACACCAAGGCCGCCUAUGCCGCCCCUAUCCCUAUGGCACCCGAUGUUGGACCAUCUCAAGACGCUAAGCUGCCACGGCGUUCGAAGGGAGACCUUGUGCCGGUGUAUGUGGCGCUGGGGAUGAUAGUCACUUCGAUGAGUUUCGGGAUUUAUACAGGAUUGUUGCAAGUGAAGUACGCCCCGAACGUGUUCGUGAAAAAGUCGAGGAGAGAGACUCUGCCAGAGGUGGUGGAGCCUGAGCAUGUGGUGGAUGAGAGUACAAAGUUCAUCAACAAAUCUUUCUUCCGAAAGGUGGCUCAUAUACAGGAAUCCAAUCGUCAACAAGUCAUGUCUGAUCCCAUCCGUGGAGAUGUCUUUGCAAGACUACAGCCGCGGGCAGAGACAUUGAAAUCAGUUGGAGUUGAUCCGAAGCUAAACUAAUACAUACAACUUAAGGACGGCUUCUGUUUGUUUGAUCAUAAUGUGGUGUACUACCUACCACCCAUGACAGAGAUCUUACUCUUCCAUGUAUGUAAAUAGAAGAUUAUAGUGAUUAAACUGAUCAUAUGUUAAGUAUUGGGAUUGUUGAUUGUCACUAAACCAUAGGAAUCAAGAUGGUUUUUAUGUAUUUCUCUGUUUCGUUGCGAAAAGUUGAACUUUGAGAUAAGGUUCCAAAAUGGGGUUGGAUAUGUAGUGAUGACAAGUGUUUAUCUGGCUAAACCAUGUAUAACGUGUUGGAAUUUGGGGUCCAGUACACUGGGUGUGUCCUUCUGAGAUAGGAUGUCUUCUGUGAGCAAUAUUAGUAUGGCGGGGUGGAUUUAACAUAAGCACAAGAGAUUCUGCAUUUGAAUUUUUAUGUUGCCUUGGUACCUAAAAGAUUUGUGUAUGCUUAAAGAUGAG